AUGGCCCGCGAAGGAACCCGCUCGCAGACCGGCAACUCCAAGCCGCGCGUGUUCCCCGUCAUCGACACCGCCCCCGUCCGCAAGCCGCGCUCCUCCACCACCACCACUGCCGACAAGCCCAAGAAGAGCACCAGUGCGACCAGCGCCGCUGCGAAGCCCGUCGGCAUCACCAAGAAGAAGGCCGCCACCACCAAGAAGGAGCCUACCGUCGCCCAGAAGGCAAAGUCCGUCGCCAAGUCGGUGUCGACCAAGGAGACCAAGCCCAAGACUGCCAAGGCAAAGGCCAACGCCCUCGAGCCCGUCGCCUCCUAG